UGGUCACAUGUCACGCCACAACCGACGCGUUUGGUGAGAGAGUAGGCUUCGGCUCGCGUUUCAUUUGGCGCUGCUGAUGAGGCUCGUGUAUUGUAUGAGACUCGUUUAUUGUAUUAGCGUCCUCUCUCUCAUUUGCUCACCGGUCGCCAGUACAACAGUAUGUCAAAAUCAACAUUCCUGUGAGUGCAAGUUUGACUGCCCUAUUAAAUUAGACUGGAUAUGUGGUGAUGAUGGAAAGUCAUACCUAAAUGAAUGUGAACUCAAUAGAACACGAUGUGAAUCUACCGAGGUCAUAGAAGUGAACCACAAGGGCCAGUGCGUCAAAAACUGGGAUGACGAAGCCGGGAGGAACCGCAUCGACGAGUGCAAUUCUAUCGUUUGUGGACUGGGUACGAGGUGCAAAACUGGUGGACACCAAGAACGGCCCAUAUGCGUUUGCUCGAAUCUCUGCCCAUCUACAACUAGUGAAGUAUGCGGCUCAGACAACGUUACAUACCAAAACGUAUGCUACAUGAAAGCCUUGGCCUGUAAACGCGAACGAGAUGUGUUCAUAAAGAAAACCGGUCCCUGUUACAGACCACUCAUCAAUAAAUGUUUGCGGAAGAAAUGCCCGUUUUAUGGUGUUUGUAGGCUCUCGCAUGGCAGAGCUCAAUGUACUUGUUGGUCCAGAAAGUGUGUUCGCGAUUACAGAGUGUGUGGAACGAACAACGUGACGUAUCUCAGUGUCUGUCACCUCGAGCGGACAAGCUGCACAACUAAAAGAGCCAUUCGUGUAGCGUAUCGUGGCAAUUGUCUCAGUGACGAGCGGUUAUGUAAGCCUGCCAAAUGUCGAGAGACAUGCGAAGUCAAGAAUGGCAAACCUCAUUGCAUUUGCAAGAACACGUGCAGGAAAUCGGACAAAGACUACGUCUGUGGUGACAAUGGAAAGACCUACUUCAGUUCGUGUGUGUUAAAACUCAGAGCAUGUCAGUUGAAUCAGAAAAUAAAGGUCGCACACAAAGGGAGAUGUCUACAAGACGCCUGUCGUGGUAUCAGCUGUGGUCCGGGUAGAAAGUGUGUCAGUGUGGGCUCCAGUACUGUGUGCAAAUGUGACGACAGCGAGUGCUCACGACUCGGUCCACCCGUGUGUGGUGCAAACAACGUGACAUACAAAAGCCGAUGCCAUCUUGACUUCAAGUCGUGCAAUACCGGUGUCAUGCUAAGAGUGGCUCAUCAUAGAUCCUGCAAUCACUGUCUUUAUGUAAAAUGUGCAAAACGACAAAAAUGUGUCGAGAGACAAGAUCGUGGGGUGUGCAUUUGUACUCGUGACGGCUGCGAUUUGAAUCCUCGUUCUGAUAGCGCCGUGUGUGGUACUAAUGGAAAGACUUAUCCAAGCGAGUGUCUGCUGGAGUAUGAGAGAUGCAGGAGUAAUCGUGAGAUUUUGGUGUCGUAUACUGGAAAUUGUACUGAAAGCUGUGGUUGCAGGUUUGGAGCAGAGUGUGUAAUGAGAGAUCAUCGGCGUGAGUGUCAGUGUCCCUUCAAUUGUACUCAGGCUUUGUCCUCGCCGGUCUGUGUAUCUAUCGGUGGCACCAACAGCAGUAAGAAGAGCAAUAACAAAUAUACUUACCCCAACUACUGCACAGUCCAAUCAGUCUCAUGCGAGAAUCAAACGAAAAUCGUUGUGCUACACAAUGGAACUUGCCAGUCGCCGUGUGGUAAUGUGAGUUGUGGAGUCGGAAGGGAGUGUGUCGUCAUGAACAGCAGGAAACCUCGUUGUAUAUGCAAGCGAAACUGCUCCAAGACGGCAGAAAAGGUGUGCGGUUCAGACAACAAUACGUAUGCCAGUGAGUGUGCCCUGGCUUCGAAGGCUUGCAAGAGAGACUUGAAUGUGACCGUCAGACACGUAGGUGCUUGUCAACAGAAGAACGACAACGAUCUCUGCGUGAAUGUGACCUGUAGUGGUCGUCGACGUUGUCGUGUGAUCUCGAAUGAGACACAGUGUGUUUGUCUCAUCGAGUGUCCCUCGGGUGGUCUCACUGUGUGUGGAACGGAUGGUCAAACGUAUGCCAGUCAAUGUGCCUUAGAGCUCGCAGCGUGUAGAGAGAACAAUGAGCUCCACAUGCUGUACCAAGGAGCCUGUCUCCUUGCAUAUGAAAAUGUAACAGAAGCCGAUGAGUGUGCUAGAUGCCAUCAGGAAUCUACAGCAACUUCCAGACAGAAGAUUUGCUCGGAUAUCUUUGUUGCUAUUGUCCGAAUUGUGGAUCGUCUGGCACUCAAUUUGAGUCUGCCACUUCUAACAAGCCAAUACAAUGUGACCACCCUGUCUGUUUACAAACAGCCGAUACGAGGUAAAGUGGACAUUGGUGCUCACCUGCUUCGAAUGAACGGUCGGGUUCACAACUGUCACUGCCCAUUGGACAGCAGAGAGUCCGAUACGUUUAUUAUCGGUGGUCGCUUGCAGCCCCAGUCUGGUGAGCUGACUGUGGAUGACACUGGUUUCAUUCGAGACAACACACCAGUGCAAAAUGCUCUUUGGAAACUGAUCACAAUGAGUAAACAGUCUGCCCGUAGUCAUUGUGUUAGUAGAAUCAUUGUUGUGUGAUGAUCGGUUGCCCUAGGGGUGACCCACAGAUGUACCAAGUUUCUAUUGUAUCUAACCCUAGUAUGUCCUUGCUAGACAGUGUUAUAACAAUAGGAACUGUUUUGCAUGUGUGGACCAGCUAAAGAUGGAAUGUCGAAACGACUUGCAGACACAUCGAAAAUCAGGUGGGUAAGAGGUUUGGCAAGGAGAAUGUAGGAGAAGAAGACAAUGCGAAUACGGUCCAAAUUUGGUCAGAGCAGGU